CGUGCGGAGCGCUGACGUCGCGGGCGGUGACGUCUCAUGUACACGUCGCUUUAGCGAAGAUGGCGGAGGAGCGUCGGGCUGAGCGUCCCGCACGGCUGUAGGACUUCGUACGCCGCUUCAGUCUCACGCCGAGUCCCGGCUUCUCAGCGACAGACCCGAGGGACAGUCUUCACACACCCUCAGUGUUUUGAGCUCUGGAGGACAACACCAUUUAGAAGAGAUGCAGCCACCUCCUCGUGCGGCACCCCCUGGAGCAUGUGGCCCGCCCCCAUCUUCCUCCGGUGGUCCCAAUGCAUUCAGGAGGACUCGACCACACAAGCAUGGAGCAGCAGCCGCUGGAGCAGCAGCCGCUGCAGCAGCACCUGUUCCACCCUCACAGCCAGUGUCUGACCCUUUUGCCUUUGUGAGGCAAGUGCCACCUUCAAUGCCAGUAGGCAGCCAGGCUCCACCUCCAAACAACAGUCCUCUUCCUAUGCAAGCCCCUCAACCAGCAGGUUUAACCCUUACUGCUCCUCAAGUCCCAACAUCAGGAGGCCAAGGGGCAGCAGCUGGUCCCCCACCCACCUUUUUCACCCCUCAUCCUUGUCCAUCAGGGCCUUCACCUGCUCCUAACCCACCUCCCGCUGAGCCUGGCUAUUUCAACUCCCAAGAACCAAUGCCGUAUAUUGCACGGUUGCCUAACCCUACUACUCCUUUCAGCUCUAGCCAGUUUCAGUCUCCACCUGCAUCCUUGACACCACCAAUUCAAAGCAACCCACCAUUUCAGCCCACUCCUCCUGCUCCGUCGCAUUUGGUGCCUGAUCAUGGUAGUCGUCCCCCUUCUGUUCAGAACUACUUUCAGCCAACCAGUGAUCCGCCUCAGCCUUUCCAUGCCCCUCCCCAAGCACAGGCCCUUCAUCCUGCUCCCUCACCCCAUCCUGGCCCCCCGCAGGCUCAGGCCCUUCAUCCUGCUCCCUCACCCCAUCCUGGCCCCCCGCAGGCUCAGGCCCUUCAUCCUGCUCCCUCACCCCAUCCUGGCCCCCCGCAGGCUCAGGCCCUUCAUCCUGCUCCCUCACCUCAUCCUGGCCCCCCUUUGCAGGCACACCUUCAAAAUCAUAGCCAGUCAACCCCAUUGAAUUCAGGUGGGCCGGCCGGUUCCCAGCAACAGAACUUCCACUUUUCAGCACAAAAUUAUUUUAGCCAGACUGGUGGAGCCCCAGAGCCAUGGUUUAGUCAGGUUCCACAGGAUCCAUCUCAGCGUGCCUGCCCCAUCCCCUAUGUCCCUGCUGACUCCGGAACGUUGUCUAUGUUCUUCCAGGGCAAUGACGUAGAGAACGAAGAAACUCUUUCUGGGGAGGGACGUGUGAAUGGGAUCUCUCACCCUCCACAUGCAGGGGCAGUAGCUGAGGCCUCUGCGCAAUAUUUGAAUGACAGUGGGAAUAUCAGAGCUGGUGCAGGUCCAAGUGACUCUGUUGAGAAUCUGGAAUGCAUUCCGAACCAAGAAGUGCUGCCUAGCGAACCACUACCAAGCCUUACUUAUGAGGCUGGUCCUAACUUGGAGACACCAGAUUCUGCACCUCGCCCCACACGUUCUGCAAGUGUCUCGUCAAGCUACAGCAAUGUCAGUCAUGGAAGUGGCCAUGCCUCCCACAGUGGUGGCCACCCCCCUCGACGGCAUCAGGGUGUUGUUGGAACAUUUAUCCAACAGGAAAGCCCCCGCCCCCCUGAUUCUCUAGCAUCCCAUUCCUCCCCUGCUGGUUACUUUGAACAGAUAGAUUCUGCCCCUGCUCCGGAGCAGAGUCCCACAUUUCCCACCCCCAGCCCUCCAAAACCAGUGGGCGUGUUCCAAGCCAGUGCUAACUCCUCCUUUGAGCCUGUGCGAUCACAUAGUGUUGGUGUUAGGCCUGCUGAAGUUGACAGAGCUAGAAUGGUUGUGGAAAAGGUUGGAGCAGAUGUGCUGCCUGGCAACCUGGAGCAGCCUCCGGACAAUAUGGAGACGUUUUAUUUUCCAGGAGGGCAGGAUCGCAGACCUUCUUCUCGAGCCCAGGGAUCUCGUCGACCCUGUGAAAGUCCAGCUACAACCCUCUGGGCUCAGAGUGAUCCAGCUAGUCUUGGAGCUAAUAUUCUGUUGGCCCCUGCAGCACCCCCUCUGGCUGCUGCUCUUGUUCCUGUACGUCAGUCCAGUGCUGAGGUCAUACAGCCACCAGAAGACGGACCGUUGGAUCUACAGCCGCCCAGGACACAUCCACAACCUCACUCUGAGAACCUUGAGAACCCACCGGACUCGGCCUCUCAGGCAAGUCUGGGUUACGCUUCCUUGCUGGUGGCCACACCUUCCGUAGAGGCUUUGAACCAUCCUGUCUUGAUUGCGCCUCCUUCUUCUAAUUAUAGUGUUAUUUCUUCUCAAAGUCCUCCUCAAACAGCCAAUCAGACAAGCCCCAGGAAGGCCACCUCGCCUGUUCAACCGCCGUCUCAAACGCCAUUGGCCAGUCAAUUGCCGCCGGCUUCCUCUUCAAAUCAGCUGCCACCUCUUUUCUCUCAGGCGCCUGUAAGCUCGUACCCUCGUUCCAGCCAGAGCCCGUUGAAUCUGGCUCGAGAGGUCAAAGAUGCUCCGCCUCCUGGCCAGUCAGCCCACCCGCCUCUCUCAAGGGCCCAAUCACUAAGGGGUGAUGGUCAAGCUGUCCAGUCUCCUAAUUCACAAGUUACAUCUUCUGCUUCUACCACUAAUCAGAAUCAGCCCUCAAAUUUUGAGCUUCUUGAUUUUUCUAUGCACCAACCACAGAGCACAAAUCAACCUGUGGCUCUGCCCAUUUCCCAGUCUGUUCCUCCUGCUGCCACGGUGAAUAACACACCUGGCUUUUACCUGCAGGUCACCAAAGAUGCACAGCAAGCUGGGCGUGCUGACCUGGAACCUCCACAUCAGCCACCAACCCCAAACCCCCCUAGACCUUCCAGCAAUCAGACUAACAGCGAACCCACUGGCCCCUCCCAGUCGGCCCAUCAAAUUCCAACCCAGUAUCAGCCACCCCCACAUGCUCCACCCACUUCCCAAGCUGCCCCACCCCCUGUAUCUGGCACAGCCCCACCUCCUACUUAUCCUCCCCAGCCUGGGAAUACUACUGCCUCACAUGAACCUCAGCGCCCCCUGUCUUCUCUCGGGAGUCAGCCUGGUUACGGCGCCCCACCUUCUGUGCCUCCUGGACCUGGAUAUGGCAGUUACUACCCAGAGUACCAGGAUGGAAGGCAUCCUUACCCUCCUCAGUACCCCCACAUGGACCCAAGGGCUCAGAACUACUACCAGGAUGAUCCGUAUCGGAGAGCGGAUCCCCGAUACGGCCGAUAUAACGGACCAAACCCUGGUUACCGGGAGAUGGAGCGACAGCCAGAGAGACCGAGUUCAAGAACCAGUCAGUACUCUGACCGACCCAACUCCAGGCAGGGGUACGCAGAGGAUUACCCCAGGCCAAACCGCAGUGCCUAUGAAGACUACUAUGCAAAUUAUUACAAGAAACAGUACGAACAGUACGCAGAUCGGAGCAGGUGGUAUGACCCCAGUGCCGUUUAUGACCCCCGCUAUAGAGCUUACUAUGACCAGGCCUACAGCUGGUAUAACUACGAUCCUGAGGCCUACAGAAGAGACCCUUACUAUGGCCAACAGUAUCCCAGCAGGCCAGAAGGCUAUGACGAUCCGUGGCGCUACUAUCCUGGCUACGACUCCAGUUUCGACGAUGACUGUCGCCGACGGGACCCGUAUGUGGACGAAUUUGACCGGCGCUCCGUCCACAGUGAGCGAUCCGCCCACAGCGUCCACUCUGCACACAGCCGGCGCAGCAGCUUCAGCUCACGAUCGCAGCAGAGUCAAGUCUACAGGAGUCAGCCGGAUCUGGUUGCGGCAAGUUAUGAUGCCACAGCGACCACGCUGCCUGUGGAUUAUUCCUACGGUCAGUUUCCUGACCAAACAGACGCUCAAGGCUACAGCCAGUACAACGCCGCAGAGAGCACUUGGACUGCCCCAGAACAGCCUCCUCCGAGGCCAUUGACUCCAGAGAAGUUCUCAGUCCCGCACUGCUGUGCACGGUUCGGUCCCGCAGGUCAGCUGAUCCUGGUCCAGCCUAACCUGCCUUCGGCUGGACAACCGGCUCUCGUGGAGCUCCACAGCACGGAGACGAUGAUGCAGGAUUCUCCAGAGCAGACGGAGUUACGAGCUUUCCCAGGACCACUCGUCAAGGAGGAGACCCACAAGGUGGACGUUAUAAAGUUUGCCCAGAACAAAGCUCAGGAAUGCGCGCGAAACGACGACCUCCUCGACAAAGACUCCGCUGUCCUCGUCUGGGAGUUCAUAGUACUGCUCUGUCGACAGAAUGGGACUGUGGUGGGUACAGACCUGGCUGAUCUGUUGCUGAAGGAGCAUCGCUCAGUGUGGCUUCCGGGUAAAUCGCCCAAUGAGGCAAAUUUGAUUGAUUUCACCAAUGAGGCGUUGGAGCGGCCCGAAGAGGAGGGGUCCGGCCCACUGUCCCUCCUGUCCGACACCUUCAUGGGCACACCUGAGAAUGCUGGGAAGGAAACGGAGCGCUUCAGAGAACUGCUGCUGUUUGGGCGAAAGAAGGAUGCUCUUGAGUCUGCUAUGAAGAACGGGCUUUGGGGCCACGCAUUGCUUCUGGCCAGUAAGAUGGACAAUAGAACGCACGCGAGAGUCAUGACCAGGUUUGCCAACAGUCUUCCCAUCAAUGACCCCCUGCAGACGGUCUACCAGCUCAUGUCAGGAAGGAUGCCAGCUGCUGCUACGUGUUGUGGGGAUGAGAAAUGGGGAGACUGGCGCCCUCAUCUGGCCAUGGUGCUCUCCAACCUUACACACACUCUGGACUUGGACACGCGCACCAUCUCGACGAUGGGAGACACUCUCGCCUCUAAAGGUCUGGUUGAUGCGGCUCAUUUCUGUUACCUGAUGGCUCAGGUGGGCUUGGGCGUCUUUACCAAAAAGAGCACCAAGAUGGUCCUCAUCGGCUCCAACCACAGUUUGCCGUUUGUGAGAUUCUGUAGCACAGAAGCGAUCCAGAGGACGGAGGCGUACGAGUACGCUCAGUCUCUGGGCUCUCAGCCUCUCUCACUGCCCAACUUCCAGGUGUUCAAGUUCAUCUACGCAUGUCGGCUGGCGGAGGCGGGGCUUUGUGCUCAGGCCUUCCAUUAUUGUGAGGUCAUUUCCCGUGCGCUGCUGACGUUACCUGACUACCAUUCACCUGUGUUCAUCAGUCAGCUCAUACAGAUGUCUGAGCGGUUGAGGUUUUUUGACCCCCAGCUGAAGGAGAAGCCAGAGCAAGAGCUCUUCCAGGAGCCGGACUGGCUGCUGCUCCUCAGAAAACUCAGCAGUCAGAUUCAGGAUGGUGUGAUAUCAUUGCGUACAGACCGCAGCACUCCUCAGCCGUCUGCUUGCACUACACCGAGCUCAGAGGAACACCCCAGCCUGCCUGACCAUUCAGCUUUGAGCUCCGAUCCUCAUAACCCCCUCAUGACCUCCCUAAUGCCACAGCCAGGCCCACCAACGCCAGGGGUGCAGCUCAUGCCACCAGCUCCCGUAACCAUUUUGCACGAUGGGACAGUCUCACUGCAUCAUGCCCCUCCCCCUGGCGAGAGUAUUCCGUUUUACCCAGCAGCCCCUGUUCCAGCCCAGCCUGGCUUCCCCCCACAGUUCCAGCCUGAACACCAGGAACCUUACUCACCCAUGCCAACACAGAGCCCCACGCUAACGUCCCCUAACAUGCCCCCACAGAUACCCUUCUACACACCUGCAGAAAUGCCCCCUCACAUGCCCCCUCACAUGGCCCCUCACAUGCCCCCUCACAUGGCCCCUCAGAUGCACCCUCAGAUGCCCCUUGGGAUGCCUCCCCAAAUCCCUGGGGCAGAAUCUACACCUCCCUCUCCUCAGCUUCCUCAGCCAUCUCCCCCAUCCCGUGGACCCCCUCCUCAGAUGGACUUCUAUGACAACAUGGCCCACAUGAGUUCAGGAAGAAGAUCCAGGACCACCUCUCAGUCUUCAACACAUAUGAUGCCAGGACGUCGCUCCCGCACCACUUCAGAGUCGUCCACUCAUUCCAUUGGACGAGAACGGAGCAACUCUGCAGCCAAUCAGAGCUCUCCUCCUCCACCUCCUAUUCCAGAGGCGCCGCCCCAGGAGGCACCCAAGAAAACCAAGAAAGAAUCGCCGAAAAAGGGAGGAGGUGGAGGCAUCCUGAGCUGGUUGUAUCGGAGAGGAAAGAACGAAGUUCAUCUCCCUGAUGACAAGAACAAAUCGAUUGUUUGGGAUGAAAAAAAGCAGAGAUGGGUGAAUCUGGAUGAACCAGAGGAGGAGAAUAAGCCACCACCCCCUCCUCCCUCAAUGUUUCCAAAAGCUCCAAUGGGUGGUCCUGGAGCAGGGCCUGGAAUGGGUGGACCGCCGGGCGUACCACCCGGUGCACCGGGGGCAGGGCCGCCUGUUAAUAUAUUCUCGAGGAAAGCAGGCACUAAGGGUCGGUAUGUGGAUGUGUUGAAUCAGGGUCGUGGAGAUUCCAAACCUGCUGCUGCAGUUCCUCCUCCUGCUGACCUGUUCGCCCCCCUGGCACCCAUGGCCAUGCCUGCCAACCUCUUCGUUCCCACUGCAGCUCCAGAUGACCAGCAGCCGAUGGAGGGAAGUGUUCCCGACAGCAGUGGAGCCAACACAGAACACACUCAGCCCAGUGCUACAGUUCCACAGAUGUUUAAUCCGACACUUUUGCCCCCGGGUCCUGAGGGCACUCAGUCGGGAGAGCUCUCACGUUCUAGCUCAAUGAGUUCUUUAUCACGAGAAGUGAGUCAGCAUUUAAACCAGGUCCCCACACAGCCGCAGGCCCAGGGAGCUCCACCCACAGGAGGCGUGACUUUUUAUAACCCCUCUCAGUUUGCACAGUCUGUUCCUCCAGCUCGGUCUCGUCCGGGGCGACUGGGUCAGCGCGAGUACCCCGCACUGAAAUAGAGACCGGAGCGCUGUGGUUCUACAACACGUCAGGAUGAAUUUCGACCCAGACUCAGAAGCGCUGGUCCACCGUCUGGCCUCCAGUGGUCACCACCUUCAUCUUGAAUCACCGGUCGUCAUCCCAGUUUAUUCCUUAUGUCGUUCUUUUACGGAGUGUAUGAUGUCUAUACAGGCAAGCCAUCGCCCGCAAGAGACGCAUUAGCCCCGUCUCCUCGUCCUCCUUUCUUUCCUCCUCUUCUCUGUCGUCUUCUUCCUCGACUCUUUCGUUUGCCCUGUGUCGUGACUGGAAUGCUCUUCCCUCUGAACAGUGUGACAUUUAAGUGCAAUAAUAUUGUUUAGAAUUCGUUUAGUUUGCCUAAUUGUAACUGCAUUUCAGCCCUGUGUGUGUGUGUGUGUGUGUGAGCGAGAGAGAGGGGCGUGCCGGUGUGUGUGUGUGUGUGUGUGUGUGUGUGUGUGUGUGUGUGUGGUGUGUGGUGAGCGAGAGAGA